AUGGUUGCAUUGAAGAAACUCUUCCAGACGGAUAAGGCUCUUUCUCGUCCGGCAACCAGCCUUGGACUCGAAGGCUGUGGCAUAAAGCAAUCCCAUUUUCCCACGGCGGUUGACUCGCCCACACGAAGCCACUUUGAGGGUGGUUUCCCGUCCAGAGAUUCGCAGGCACUAGAUGUGGCCCAUCAUUUUGAUCAGAUCGAGAAGCAAUUCGAAGAUCUACAUGAUCGACUGGCACGUCCAACAUCUUCCCAAACUCAAUUGCGGCCUGUCAGCACCCAUUUCGCGCGCCCCAGGCCUCAAAAUGUUCGACAUAUCGACUUGAUGGAUGCUCUGUUCUCUACAGAGUGCAAUCAAGCAACUACACCAGAACCCCUUUCUCCUCCUGCCAGCCUAUACAACGAAGAUGUUGCGGAACGCAACAUGACCCGGUUUUUGCGGAUUCAAUACCGAAAUGGACUUGCCAGUUCGGGUAUACUUUCGGCCCUAUACCAAGAGGAUGUGGCGGACAGAAAUAUUGCGAAAUACAGCAGCCCUGAUCGCUCUUUGUCUCACUUAAGUUCUCGGUCAUCGCCAGCUGCACCUGGUAGAGUACAAAUCCCAGAAAGCCACUGGCGCAAAGGCAGGAAGCGGGAUCCGGGGAAGUCUAGCUGGGCGUCAGCAGAAAAUCUACGGACAAAGCUCUCCCCAGAUGAUGGCUCGAUCACUUCAUUUCCAGGAUCACAGUCCCAUCUUGGUAGCAACAUUAGACCCCAGAGGUCUGCGCCGAUUCUGUCUGCGAAUGGAGACUUCGUCCCACAAGAAGAUGCCCCCCCAACUCCUGUUCAGCGCUUGGGUAUUCCUCCGGCCUAUAAGCAAGGCAAAAGAUGGAGCAACACUCCUCUGCCUGAUAGCCCUACAAUCCCUAUCCCCAUGGUUGAUAGUGAUGGCCCCACUGAGGCUUCUUCGGUGCCACGACCACCUGCUACAAUAGGUCGCGGGACACAAAGAUCGCUCCCUCCGCCACAGUUAUCAGAGCCAAGCUUCAAAAAGAAUGCGCGAGGACUCUCGAUCAAUACACAAUUAGCUGCCAAAGGACGCCCCAAAAUUGCGCACCGUGCCAUCCAGCCGCCAACGCCUUCAACCGGCGACUUAAAGCAGACUCCCAGCAUCGCAGAAGUGAUGAACAGCCCUCUGCCAGUUCCUAGCCCAAUCAGUCCCCCAAAAUCGUCUUCACGCUUCAAGCCUUCAGACAUGAUGGACUUUUUCAGCAAGGUCUAUAAGGGCGUUCAAGGCUCCAACCCAACAUAUGAGACGCUGCAGGAUGCUAUAGUCCGCGAGGUUAAUUCCCACGAGGCAUUCCGACGAGUGCCCGUGCCCGCCCCAGGGCCUCCAUUCACACCCUUGGCAGAUCAAGAUGAGUUCAGCAACGACUUCAGACCACCAACCGCACUCUACCGAAGCCCCUCAGCAAAGAACCGGCUCAUGAACAAGACCUUCGCCAAGCACAAGAGAACCCCCGAAACCCGCCGUAGCAUCUCAACCAGCAUCAGCUACGACCGCCUCCUACGAAAGGUCUCCGGCUCUCCUAUUCGCCGUCGACACACUGACGCCCCGGCACCCACGCCGGGCUUCCUGGCCGAAUUCCAACCCCACAAAGAGCCCAUCAUAACCCGCCCCGGAUCUGGAGAGCCAAUCACAUACAUGGACGUGUUGAACGCAAGCGCCGAACAACGAUCUAUCUCAACCGGUGGCUGCGCAAGCCCCUCUGUAUCUCGCAAACAAGGACGCUCGGAGUCCAUCGUUAACCUCGCUGCUAUGGCCUGCUCGGCCCCUGAAGUGCCUUCUGCUCCCGGUACAAUCUACUGCAUGCAGGCUCACUCAGCUCCUUCGAGUGAUGACUCAAAUGAAGACAGCGACGACGAUAUUAUUCACCUUCCUAACCUGAGUAUGCCGCGUGUGCAGAUCGAAGGAGUAGACGAGAAUAACAUCCGCUAUGUCAUCGAUGCUGCUUCGCCAGAUGAGGCACAGAAACUCAUGUACUGGCCUCAGCAUAUUCGCCGCAGUGGUACAUCCUAUCCUUACGGGAAUAGUCUGUCGCCAUUUUCUCGUGCUCGCAUGCAGCUUCGUGGUUCACGCUCGGUUGAGACUUGCUAG